ACUCUACCCAGCAUCACACCUAGUCCUGGGCACAUAGAGCCACUAUACCACACACAGACAUGGCCAGUAAGAAGGCUGCUAAUAAGAGACAGAGGGGAGCCCAGAAGAGCUGCUCCAAUGUCUUCUCCAUGUUCGAACAGUGUCAGAUACAGGAGUUCAAGGAGGCUUUCGGCUGUAUUGACCAAGACAGAGAUGGUGUGAUCAAAAAACAGAACCUGAGAGAAACCUAUGGACAGCUAGGUAUUUUAAAUUGUCUCACUUUACAAAAUGCGUGUAUGUGCAUGCGUGUGUGUGUGUAUGUCGAUUUAUGUUUUUGUGUACCAGGGAAGCUGAACGUUAAGGAUGAGGAACUGGAUGAGAUGUUGAAUGAGGGGAAGGGUCCCAUCAACUUUACUGUGUUCCUCACUCUAUUUGGAGAGAAACUCAACGGCACAGACCCCGAGGACACCAUCCUCGCUGCCUUCAAGCUCUUCGACCCAAACGGCACAGGUUUCGUCAACAAGGAUGAGUUUAAACGGUUACUAAUGAACCAGGCGGAUAAAUUCACAGCAGAGGAGGUGGAACAGGCGUUCUCUGUGGCGCCAAUUGACGUGGCCGGCAACAUCGAUUACAAGUCAUUGUGUUACAUCAUCACCCAUGGAGACGAGAAGGAGGAGUCCUAAAGGCCCUCAGCAAAAAACCUGACCCCCGACCCAUAACCACUGAUAGGGCAGAACUGGAAUCUCCUCUGUGGUUGUCUUUUGCCAAUCCAGUAAAGAAAUCAAAUCAACACCUGUCUGUAAAAUGUUU